UGUACAGUUACAAAGAUGUCCAGAAACGGUAAAUCAUUUCUUAAGCCCGGCGGCUUAGUCCAGAAGAUGACGAAAUAUGAGAAGGAUAGGAAAAAAACAAUCCAGAAAAAUAAAAUCAGAUUUGAUGCUCUAGGGAUAAAGUCCCUCAAGAAUUCAAUGUUUGGUUCUAUUGAAAAGGACAAUAGUGAAAGUUGUAGGGUGGGAAAGAGAAAGGUGGGCGAAACUGAUAAUGACGAGGACUAUCAACCACUUGAUGAUGAUGAAGGACUGAGUUCUUCAAGUGAUAAUGGCGAGCCUUUUGAUUCUCAAGUGAUUAAGGAUAUUCAUAUGGGUCCCGGUAGGAAAACAAAUAGGUGUGCAGCUCGCCUAAUAGCUUCACAAAUACCUAGGGAAAAGAGAACUACUGUUGAUGAAGAUACACUUACUCUUCCGAGACGACCUGUAACUGCACAAGUUAAUCAUUCAGAGAGCACACCUGAGGUCUCGACCCAACCUAUCCAUCUUCCCGCCUUACAUACUAGGCCCGAUCAGCUCCCUACCUCCGCCACUCAACCUAACCACCUUUCAAGUCCAUGUAUUGUGACUAACAGUGGAGCAUCAAUUCCAGUUUUGGGCAAGAAACGUGUACGAGGACCGACCCGAGGAAAGAAUGUGGAGAAGAUUAGAAAGGAACGUGGUGAUCGAAUACCCGUUACACUUAACCGUUUGACCAAAGCAAUAGAAGGGGAAUACGCCACACCGCUAGCAGCUGCUCUUGGUCAACAAAUUCGAGUUCAUGCCCCAGUUCGAAAUGAUGGAUGGCUAGAAAUUGCCUUUGGGUUAAGAGAGUCCAUUGUUACAAGAGUUGGGCAAACUUUUGACUUUGGGGACUACAAUAAUGAUGUGGAUGUGAGAUGUAUUAUUGAUCAUAAGUGCCAAACUUUGUACAGUGAAUGGAAAAGUAGAUUACACACACACUACAAAUCCCUUAAAGAAAACAAUGUAUCUGACCUCAAAAGUCAGAUACUAUAUCCUUGUACAAAGGAUGAUUGGGAAUGGAUGAUUGACAAUUUGUGGGAAACUGAUGAUUGGAAGGUAAAGUCAGAGAAUGCGAUGAAAGCGAGAGGUUGUGUGAAGUAUAAUCAUACGAGUGGCUCGAGAUCAUUUGCAUCGCGAGCAUCUAUCAUUGUACAAGGAAGCAAACCGACUAUUACGAAACUAUUCGAGGACACCCACAAACGUCACCGACAUGGGGGAGUGUGGAUAAAUAACACAGCUGAGGAACAUCAUGCCACUAUGGUUUCAAAGAUCGCUGAGCAAUCUCAACCUAGUGUCACACAUCCAUUGUCUGAGGAGCAGAUUUCUAGAGAAGUACUUGGGAAGAGGUCGGUCUUCUUGAAGGGAUACGGGAUCCGCAAGGACAGUACUUCAUCUUCUACACAUUUUGAGGCUCCUAACUCCGAGGUGAUUGUUCUUCAACAGCAGUUAGUUGACCAGCGACAACAAUUAGCUGACCAAGGAAAGCAGUUAGUUGACCAGGCUCAAAGCAUGAGUACAAUGCAAACUAUCAUUCAAAUGUUGGCAGCAAAAAAUGGAAUAGAUCUAGCAAACAUUCUGGGGUUAGUUCCAAGCAACAAUGCUGGUGAGGAUGCAUCGGGUGAUUAUGUUUGUUCACGUUAUUAUGACUUUGACAAUUCACAUGGUGCUGUUGAAUCUGUAUCUGUUGGUGAAAUCAGAGUCAGCUUACGGCAGUCAUUGGUUAAACUUGGGGUUGGUUUUAUUUCUAAGGACCUGAAACUGCAGCUUACAGUUUACAAUUACAAUGGAGGUCCAUGUUAUCGGUGCCUAUUUCCAACUCCACCUCCUACGACAGCAUGUCAAAGAUUUUCUGAUAGUGGUGUUCUGGGAAUUGAUGGGUUGGUUGGGAGGAGGAAGUAUAAGGAGGCUGCGGAACUUGCUGCAGAGUCACCGCAGGGAAUUCUGCGCACUUCUGACACUGUUGCUAAAUUUCAGGUUUUAUUAACAUGA